GCCGCGCUGAGUGCCAUGGAGCCCGGAGAUCCCGGAUUGGGGACCAAAGGGGCCCCCAGGUUCUUCUGCACCGCAGGCCGCGGCCUGGAGCCGUUCCUGAUGCGGGAGGUGCGGGAGCGGCUGGCGGCCACGCAGGUUGAAUAUAUGUCAGGAAAGGUUUUCUUCAUCACCUGUUCUAAUUUGAGUAUGAUGAAGAAAUUAAAAUCUGCAGAAAGAGUGUUUUUGCUGAUUAAGAAGCAAUUUCCACUUACUGCUUCAUCGCCAAGUAAAGGCAAAAUACUUCAUGACCUAAGAAGACUUAUAAGUGAUGAUCCGGGAAGUUGGUUGAAUGCCAUUUCAUUUUGGAAAAAUCUUCUUGAAACUGAUGCACAAAAAGAAAAACCUUCUCAAAGGGCUAGUAACCCUCUCAAAAGAAAAGCAGAAGAAAAUGAAAUAGUUUUUGCUAAGAAAUUAAAACUAGAAGUACAAAAGAAUGAAGAGAUUCAACAGGAAUGGCCACUGGAAAAACAAGUAGAAGAAAGUGCACUGGAACAAGGAGAUUCUAACACUGGAAGAGAAAACCUUCAAGAGAAGGAACUGCAGCCUGCGGUAGAGGAAGCAGCUGGUGCUCCCAGCCCGGACUUCACUUUCAGGGUAUCUUGUCGCUGCAGUGGGACUGUUGCAAAGAUCUUUACUGCACAGGAAGUAGGAAAAAUCAUUGGAAUUGCUCUUAUGAAACAGUUUGGAUGGAAAGCAGAUUUAAGGACUCCAAAUUUAGAGAUCUUCAUACAUCUCAAUGACGUGUACUCUGUCCUGGGGAUUCCUUUGUUCAGAGUUCCUCUAGCCAGCAGAACUUACAUCCAGACCACUGGACUCCGAUCUACCAUAGCGUGGGCAAUGGCAUCGCUAGCAGAAAUUAAGGCUGGUACAUUGGUGUUAGAUCCCAUGUGUGGACUUGGAACAAUACUUUUGGAGGCUGCUAAAGAAUGGCCAAAUGUUUAUUAUGUGGGAACUGAUAUCAGUGACUCACAAUUACUUGGUGCCCAGGACAAUGUGAAAGCUGCAAACCUUCAAGACAAAAUUGAGUUGCUUAAAGUCUCUGUUGUAGAUUUGCCGUUGCCUUCUGAAUGUGUGGAUAGCAUUAUCUCUGACAUUCCAUUUGGGAAAAAAUUCAAGUUAGCAAAAGACAUCAAAAGCAUUCUACAAGAAAUGGAAAGAGUGCUGCGUGUCGGUGGAACCAUUGUGCUGUUGCUUAGCAAAGACCACCACAGGUGCCUUCAAGACUGUGGGGAGAGCAGUGUCCCUCUGAAUCCCCAGGGCAACCACCCCACUGACCCUGAAGAAAAAGAAAAAACGAUCCCCUCAGAGACAGAGUCAUCUCCGGGUGAAGCAAAUAACCAGGAAUGCUUAGACAAAAUGCCACCAUUUGGCUCUUUGGUGGCAGUAGAAUGCUACAAAGUUAGCCUUGGCAAAACAGAUGCCUUCAUAUGUAAGUAUAAGAAGUCACAGGCUGCCGGAUGUCAUCCGCCUGAACACCACUACAUCCAGAAUUCUCUCUAGCACCCAGAGUUUCCAGAGAACAUCCCCUAAGACAGGAGAUGUGGCUCUCUAACACAUAUCUUAGUGUUUCUUCUUUAUACUGUGAAGCCUUCAUGUUUUUGACAGAAAAAGAAAAACAGCUACUGAACAUUUUGAAGGCUUAAGUUCUGUGUUCUGGCAGAGAAUAAAAAUGAUGCCAUGCAGAGUUCCCAAGAAUAAGCUCCAACCUUCAAACAAGGAGUUUCCAGGAGUUCACAACAUACCUUUGGCAACAUAUUUGUGAUAUUUUACAAUUUUACAAAUGUAUACUUUUUGUGUAUAUUAAACUUGAUUUCUUAGCCUAUAAUUUUCUUCUCCACUGGAAUGAAAAUCAUUUAUAUUUGCGGUCCAUUGUACAUGGGUCCAACCCGUGAAGCAUCAGCAAGAAUGACAGCAAUACAAAUUUAAGCUAGAAUUCUUUAACACAAAGAAAAUGAAUGUGCUAUUUUUCAAAAUGGAGUCAUAAAUUGUCCUCUUGCUCAUGUGUAGAAAUCCAGUGUGUUUGUGUUCACUACUCGAGAAAAAGAAACAGAAGUUGAUGAAAAUA